CUACAGACUUUGUCCAACAGUAAUGUAGCAAGUCUUAUAUAUGUCGAGACAUGCCAGAUUACGACGAGGCUCGGCUUUUCGUUUCUAGUGUGAGCAUUUAUAUUUAGUAUCCUUUUUCUCGAAUUAUCAUUCUUGUAUACACUAGAUCGACCCCUUAAUCAGAAAUUCGUAUCAACUUAUCGUCGUACGACUCUUUUCCGCGAUGAAAAAAAGGAUCGUGGUUUGUUGUGAUGGCACUUGGCAGAAUUCUGACAAUGGCUAUGUUCAGCCGACCUCCUCUAACCCCAUCCCGACCCUCCAGAUCCCCUCAAACGUGACACGUAUCUCGAGAAUUUUCAAGAGGACCUGUUCUGACGACACCUUCCAAAUCGUCUACUACCAAUCCGGUGUUGGUUCUAGAUCGGGCCCAAUCGACAGAGUCCUUGGUGGCGCAUUUGGAAUUGGUAUAGCAGAGAACAUUCGUGAAGCAUACGCUUAUAUCUGCGCGAACUACGUCGACGGAGAUGAGAUCGUCCUCGUCGGCUUUAGUCGCGGAGCUUUCACCGCAAGGUCCAUUGGUGGUAUGAUAUCCGAUCUAGGCCUGCUCACCCGUGAAGGCAUGGAAUUCUUCUACCCUAUCUUCAAGGAUAUGCAGAAUUGGAUGAAUCCGGAUUAUAAAGAUCAGUUUCCUCAGAUUCCAUUCCCUGACAAACCGAAAGGGCCACAUGCGGGGGACGAAUAUAGAAAAAGGCUGGUUGAGAAAGGGUACACCCGUUUACACCAGGAGAAAGGCGAAGGGGACUUGAUUAAGGUCAAAGCCAUCGGCGUAUGGGAUACAGUUGGCGCGCUGGGUAUUCCUCAGGGAAAGCCAAGAGAAAUACUUGCUCGACUUGGUAUUAAAAUGCGCAAUCACGAAUACCGAUUCUACAAUACUAGAUUGUCUAACAAGAUCGAACAUGGGUUCCACGCGCUCGCGCUAGAUGAGACGCGCGGCCCAUUCAGUCCGACUCUAUGGGAACGGCAGCCGGAGUAUCGUGACACUUCAGAUCUUCGACAAGUUUGGUUUCCCGGAAGCCACGGCAAUGUCGGUGGAGGCUGGAAAGACCAAGGGGUUGCUAAUAUAACCCUUGCCUGGAUGAUGGAUCAACUUUCCUCCAUCGGCUGCGAGUUCGUACCUGAUGCUCUUGAACGGUUUCACGAUCGCAACGUGCAAUUUUACCACAGUUUGAAGCCAGAAGAGACGAAGCGCGAGAGAUGUGCCAAAGUCUGCUGUAGGCCCUGCCGUUCAAAUGCCAAAGAACCUCUUCUUUGGGCAACAAAAGACAUCUUCGAUACGAGCAAGCCCAUCCGCCCAUGGUCUCUACACAGCAUUCGUUCAGUCUCUAGUCCCAUCUACAACCUUACUGGGAGCGUCACUCGUUCGCCGGGCUUGUACAAAAAGGCCAAUCCGGAUAACGGAAGCCCUAGGCGAGCCUUUCUUAAGGAUACGAACGAGCGCAUCCAUAGCUCGGUUCGCGUGCGCCUGGCUUGCGAGGGCUUAGGCCUUGACGACUCGAACCUCUGGGAAUGUCCCGCGUUGCUGCGGUCGUGGCGUCCUCGGCGCGUACCCGAUACCUUCAACCCCGUCCGGCAGGAUGCCAACUGGGGGCCAAAAAGUGGUGGAGGAAGCGCAAGGGGUUCGGCUGAUAUUACCAACGCCACCGUAGAAGACGCCAUCGAUCGCGGCGGCACUUCCAGCACAGUCAUUCAUGAGCCGGGUAAAAACGGAAAGAAUGCAGUCGCGAGAGCGGAUAACCCUUCUCAGGGGCUACGUUGGGUCUGGGAAUAUAUAGGCCCCGACAAGAAUGCUCCAUAUACCCGGACUUUGGUAGAAGAGACUAUGGGGCCAUGGGAGAGACACUUGUUGACAUUAGCCACCGGCAAGGUGAAAGUAUACGACUAUGCAGAGGCCCGGGAAGUCAGCAAGUUCAGGAUCCUCAACACUAAGAAAUUAUUGAAGAAGUCGAAGUCAAAGAAAUAGGAUCGGGGAUGAAGGAAAGAAUUGCCAUUGCUGCGUAAGUAUUAAUAAUAGUAUUUUGUUUCUUUGCAGGCAAUGUUUCAUUGCAUUUGAACCAUAAGUAGCAUAACUCCGAAUUGUAUGAAAUUCCAAUUGAAGGUACCCAAGUGAACUAUCAAGAAGCGCAGAAGCAUACCAGUUAGGUAGCUUCCGGAGCAAUUGAUA